GAAAAGCACGUGGUAAGUAAGAGGUUAGUUGAUAGUUGUUCAUGCUUUCUCCCAUCACGUUGAAUCUAGUGGGUCUCUGUCCGACGAAAUUCAUUUCUCUCGAAAAGGUCAGUUACACAAGUGAUAAUAAGAUCAAGUAGGUAGUGAGGAACACACUGGCUUAUCGCGCAAUUGGGGAGGAACAAUCUUUGGGGCAUCUAAGAAUCAGUCAUGAGAUAGUACCAGUGGAAUUUGAAGACAUAGAUUAAAGAUUAAUCUAUGUUGGAGGGAAGGAGUUAUAAUUGGGGAAUAAGAUGAGCUAUAAUAGAGAUGAAUAUGGAUGGAAGAAUGGACUUCAACCGAAUCAAGAAGAAUUCAAUGAAAAGACCCGAUUGCAGCAACCAGUGAAGCUUCAGCCGUCCUGGGAAGAAAAUAAUUUGCCUGAGGACGAGUUGAAUUUCAAAAGUUUGACGAUGGACGAGGCCAAUUUACAAUUGAACACUCCACCUGAUCGGUACAAUUUGGUUUAUCUCACUUUUCUCGUACAUGGUAUUGGAGUUUUGAUGCCUUGGAAUAUGUUCAUCACUGCCAUUGAUUAUUUUUUGAAAUACAAAUUACAUGAAAGUUACAUAGGAUUCGCAUUUCCACAUGCGCCGAAUUUCAUGCAGUAUUUGACGUUUUCCUCGCAAGUCCCUGGUCUACUAUUCAAUUGGAUGAAUAUUUUCGUACAAAUGGGGGGAGAUCUGAAUUCGAGAAUUGUUUGGAGCAUAGGCAUUGAAGUUGUUGUUUUUAUAGUUACCGUUAUUUUAGCCAUGUCCGAUACUACAGCAAUCCCGUACGGAUUUUUCUGGAUAACAAUGAUUUGUGUCAUCAUCUUGAACAUGGCCAAUGGGAUCUACCAAAACACAAUUUACGGAAUGGCAGCCAAAUUGCCAGGAAAAUAUACCGGAGCUGUGAUUCUUGGCUCUAAUAUCAGCGGUACUUUCACGUCAGUCGUCAGCAUACUUUCCAGUUUGAUAACGUCGAAUGUUAGAAUGGCUGCCAUUUACUAUUUCAUCACGGCACUGUUCGUAUUGUUGAUAUGUUUCGAUACAUAUUUCGCAUUGCCGUUAAAUAAACUUUAUAGACAUUAUGAAUUGAAGGAGAAGAAGAAUUUGGAAACUCAAAAGCGCAUUGCCAAAGGAAUAAAGGAAAGGCCUCCCUAUUUGUAUAUCCUUAAAAAAUCGUUUCCUCAGCUAUUGAAUGUUUUCCUCGUAUUCUUCGUUACUCUGUCGGUCUUUCCUUCCAUACAUUCAUCUAUCAAACCAAGUGAUGAAAACUUUUUCAUUUCCGAAAAAUUCUACACCAGUAUAACUUGCUUCAUAACCUUCAAUGUUUUUGCCAUGAUCGGCAGCUGGUUGCCUAGUUAUGUCAUAUGGCCAGGACCAAAGUUUUUGUGGAUCCCGGUAUCUUUACGACUUUUGUACAUACCGUUUUAUCUUCUGUGCAACUACCAAGUGGAGGGGGUAAAUCGUAUUUUACCGGUGCUGGUUACCAACGAUUGGGUCUAUUGGGUAGUUGCUGUCACUAUGGGAGUGACCAGUGGAUAUUUCAGUUCUUUAGGAAUGAUGUAUACACCAAGGUUGGUGGAAGAGAAGUAUGCUUCGAUAGCAGGUAUGUUUGCUGGGGCAUCCUUGAUAACAGGCAUCUUUUGCGGUAUAUUGAUGUCGUUUCUGUGGCCCUGGGUGAUUGGUCACGUGGGCAAUUAGCACAAAUGUCUGGUAUAUGACGCAGAAAAAGAAUUCGCCAUUCGUUUCAGUUAAUGAAAUGCCUGUUUUUUCUGGUCAUAUACCCUGUUGUUUUUUUUUUAGUGAUCACUAAAUUGAUGUGAAUGUUGAAAACUUCAAAUAAUCAGCGUAUUCACGCCGAGAUAGCUUAACAAACAUGAUAGUACGAACAAAUAUUAUCCGAAGAAUAUGUUGUAACUCAUCUUACUAUGAAUUCAAAAUAAUUACGGAAAUUUUGAGCUUGAGAAGCAUUUUGAUCUCAGUUUUCUUAAGAGAUACUGAAUCUUUUUAAACAGGGCAAAGUUCUACAUUUUUGCACUGAAAUAAAGAAUGUCGAUUUAUAAUUUUGAUUUAUCAAAAUAGAGCAAAA